AUGAAUUUUCGUCUUCACAGAGAAUCUUCCAAGGUGCUGGAACGAAUUGCUAAGACUACGGAUAUGGCACAUUUAGCCGGAAUGGACGCAAUUACUCUAACAAAACUGAUUCUAGAUGCACAUACCAGAGCUGCGGAGCAUUCAGACACAUGCGAAGAUCUUUUCAGACGUGUAAAAUUUGUUGGAAAUCUGCUUGUUGAGCUAAGAGUACGUGAUCUAAACGUUUCGGCAAUAAGAAAACCUUUGGUGGACUUAGAGGAGGCGCUCCGCAGGACAUAUCUCCUUGUAGCUAAAAACCAAGAACACAAUUAUGCCUAUAAAUUUGCCUUGGGGUGGAAAAUUAACAGAAAAUUCAAAAAAGCCCUCAAAGAAAUUGACACGAUUAUUAGUAUCAUAACACUGAUAUUUUUUGUAGACUAUAACCGGCCACCUCAGAUCACCAAUUCCACAGACAAGGAUAUACCAUUACAAGAAGGUUAUUAUAGGGAUAAAGUUGAUGAUGGAAAAGUGAAUCAGAACGUGUCAGGCGAUGAUUUAGAAAGUCCAGUUGAUGAUGGCGAAUUGAAUUGUAAUGUGUCAGAAGAAGAUGUACGAGAAAGGCGCUAA